AUGUUUUUUGAUGCUUCUACUUUAAAAGUUACCACUUCGGGUAACAGCAAUCAGCAGCAGCAGAACAAUGUCUCAUCUGCAUCAACCUCACAAUCAGCAGCCAAUCAUCACCAACAACAAUUGUUGAAUCAGCUACAGAGACAAUCAUUGCAGAGGGGUAAUUUAUUUGCCAUGCCAGGUACUCAGAGUAGCAUGAAUAGUACUGAAGAAUUAAACCAAUACAAUCAAGCCUUGAAUGCAUUGCAAUCAAUUGAAAGUCAAUUUGAUCUAGGAGUUGAGGAAUUCCUCAAUGAUGAAGAUAUGGAUGACCAACAAUCAAAGAAUGACAAUCAAAUGUACUUUGAUACAUCAUCUCUCUAUUCGAAUGGAUCAUCAAGUACAAAUCCUCAACAAAUCUUUGCCACCAACAAUAAUCAAUUCCUUCACAAUGCUCACAAUACAGUUCUCCAACAUAACAAGUUGUUACAAAGCUAUUUAACAAGUAUGACCCAACAGCAACAACAGCAACAACAACCACAACUUGUUUCUACCAGUAGGCAACAGGUACCAACUGCUAUGAAUGGUGUUGUGCAAGCAACAACAGCUCAGCAACAACAACCACAAAAUGCUUACAAACAAAAUUCCAAUAAUAAUAAUAAUAUGGGAAUGGCCAGUUUGCCACAACAAUCAUCGAAACAAUCAUCAGCAGCUAAUAGUAGCAGUGCUUUGAGUAAUUUUGGAGCCAUGAUUUCAACCAUGACUGGUUUGCCAGGUGGAUACAAUGCAAACUCAGCCCCUACCUCCAACAGCACUCCUAUUUCAUCCUCAUCAUCAAGUAAUCAAUUACAAACAUCAACCAGGGACUCAAAUUCGAGGUCUAGUGCUUCCCCUCCAACCACUCAAUUCUUUCCAACAUUGGACAAGGGUAUCCAUGCUGUGCAACAGGUGAUUGUGAAUGGUGGUAUUACAAAUGUUCAAAUUUGGUCGAAUUGUCUCAUGCAAUUAAUUCCAGUUUUGAAAAUAAUGGACGAUACAAUUCCUGAAACUGUAAUUGGUGGUAAAUCAGUUUCUAAUAGGAAAAAGACUCCUUUAACAGUGUCAAUUGAAGUUUCCUUGGAUAGGUUCAGAAUGUUGGUGAGUACAAUCAUCAACAUGAUAAGGCAACGAAACUCAAUCCUGGAAAAGGAAGGUGAAGCCUUCUGUCAAGUUAGUGAAAAACUCAACUUGACAAUCAAUUUGGAGGAUCUCAAGACAAAGGUUCAAAGAAAUGAAAUUGCAUUCAGUGAUGAUUUGUGGAGGGCUGAUGUGACACUUCUUAUGAGCAGUCAAGAACAAGAUAAGGGCUUGACCAGAGACAAACCAAAGAAGAAAAAGUCUGAAAAUAGUAGAGAAGGCUUUUCUGUCUUUUCUAAUCCAGAAAACCCAGCUACCACCAUCAUUCAAUAUGCACCAAUUAAGGCUGGUAUUGUAUCAAAUAAUAAGAAGAAUUGUCAACUUCGUUACAAACUUUGUUACGACAAUUGGUUGACUUACUAUGUAGAUUCCACUAAAUUAUUUGCCAUUAAUUGUGGUAAGAAUACUAAGAGUAAGAGAAAAUCCAAAGGAGGCGAAGAUAUUGGCAAAGAUGAGGAAGAUAUGGACGAAUUGUCUAAUAAUGGAGAAAACUCUCCUCCUUCCUCUCCUGUACCAAAUAAUGUAUCAUCUAUCGUUGUACAAAGUCAAACACCAAAAGAAAAAUUAACUAGGUCAUCAUCAACCGCCUCUUUGGGUUCUUCUUCCUCGACUGAAAAACCUCAAACUGUUGCAGUUGCUUCCAAUGGUAGUUUUAUAGUUUCUCCAAAAUCUGGCUCUAAUGCUGGUGGAUAUCUCAUAUUUAUUCAAUGCAAUUUUGAUAGUAGAUUGAUUACCGACCUACAGGAAGUUAAGGUUUUCCUUGGCGAGAAGGAAGUGGAAAUUAAACAAAUUAACCAAAAUGCCAUUUUUGUAAUGGCUCCACAAAUUGACUUCAAAGGAGAAGUGCCAAUUGAAAUUAGAACAAGUAACUUUUCAGUAUCUAAUCCACAAGACUUGAAGUUUGAGUUUUUGGAUGAUAGCAGUUCAAAUAUUAUGGUUGGAGAAUCUACCAAGAAGAGAAAGUUUGUUGAUUGUUGUGAUGGUGAGUGUGGACCUGUCUCUCUCACUUCUUCUAAUUCCUCAAACGGUAUUAGCAGUACUUUCAAUCCAACAGCCAUCUCCCUUUCCAAGGACAAGAAGAAGAAGAGAAAGGAAUCAUCAACACCUUACAGAAGAGAAUGGGCCAUUGUUAUUGCCAUCGAUAAGUAUCACCAUAAUGGACUUUUGCAUCAAUCUUCAGCCUCAUCUGUUCACGAUGCCAUGAAUAUUUCCAACAUUCUUUCAAAGAUUUAUGGUUUUGAAGUUAGAUUAUUGUUAAAUGAGGAAGCUACAUGGAGCAAAGUCAACCAGCUGUUUGUUUCCCUUGCAGAGAGUGAUAGUUUGCAAAACGAUGAUGCCAUACUCAUUUUCUUUACUGGUGUUUCUCUUUCCAAGCAAUACAAUAACGGCUACACUGAAAAUUAUUUGGCCUUAUAUGAUACUGAUCCAGAUAACCUUGUUAAUACAGCCAUUUCCCACCAAUCCUUUGUCAAUUUCCAUCAUAGAUUGGCUGCCAAACAUACCCUCUUUAUUUUUGACACUUUCUAUAAUGGUAUACUCAUGAAAGUAGUCAAUGAUAGCCAUCCAUCCAAGGAUAUGAAGUACUAUUCCUCCAACAAGGCCGUCCAAAUUAUUUGCUCCUCUCAAAAGAGUAAUGGAAUGAAACCAGGUGUCUUUAGUAAGGAGUUGGUAAAUCUUUUAACAACUCUCAAAUGGGGAUCCAGUGUGAAAGGUCAUUUAACUCUCACUCCAUUCUACACUGCUAGUGAUUUAGGAAAACAACUUCAAACAAGAGUUCACAAGGAAACAGGUGGCGUCCAAGUUCCAAGAUUUGGAGAAGUUGAGCUUGGAGGAGGAAACUUUUUAUUUAUUCCAAAGUCCUACGAAAAGCACAGUUACAAUUCUGAAUUGGAAAGAAUUGUAUCACUCCUCUCACUCUAUGAGGAUUAUAUCCAAAACAUGAAUUUAGGUGAUAUGCACAAACAUGAAUCUUUGAUGGCUCUAUUGAAAGUUAAAUUCUUCCAAAUUUCCAAUUACUACCUGCAGACAUUUGAAAAAUUGAUUAAUGAAGAAAAGAUAGAACUUCGUUCAGAUGUUUACACCAAUCACAAAUUGAACUUGACUGAAAUUAUCAAGACUGUUCGUCAUAGUUAUCUUGCUCUCUACAGAUGGACUGGUGAAUGGAUUUUACAUAAUCCAUAUCAUCUUGCCGAUGCAAACAAAAAACUAUUGGACAUUAAUCCAGGAGCUGUCGUGAAAAGAAUUUUCGUUGUUGGAAUUCCAAAUAUGACUGAAUCUGAAGAAAAGGAAUAUUACAAGCUUAUGCAUUACCAUCAUUCAUGUGGAAUUGAGGUAAGAGUUGUUCAUCACAAGGAUCUGGAUGAUAGAAAAGAAAUUCCACACAACUUUUCCAUUCUAGACUCUAGACUUGGCCAUUACCUUUCCUUUGAAGAUGAUUAUCCAAAAUCUGUCAUUAUUUUCAAUAGAAAGAGUGUUGCUGACUUGUACUACUCCAAAUGGGUCUAUGUUUAUAAUCAUUCUACACCAUUUGAAGACUACAUUAAAGAGAAAUUCCCAGAAGGUGUCGAUUUUGGCAAUGUGACUCCAUCAACUCUUCCUGCUGCAACCUGUACAGAAGCCAAACAAUGUCAUCCUCUUUGUAAUACUGAUCACACUGUGAGUGAAACCAUUCCUCCUUCUAAUACCUUGUAUCAGGAUAAGAAUAUGAGUCUCACUGAUCCUCUCCUUUCAUUUGAUAUUCAUGAAAAUAUUGAAACUUUGCAAAUUUGUUUGGAUCCACUCUUACAAGGAUUCAAGAAAAAGUUCCUCGAAAUGAUCAACACUCCAAAAGACAAGCAUGCUCGUCAUUGUGGUAAAUGUCUUCUUUUACAAAAGUUCCACUCUAUCAGUAUGCACUAUGAAAACCAAAUUACAACCUUCUUUUCUAAAGGUGAAAUUGUUGUCCAUGCCAACUUUUAUGAUAGUAUGAGAUUAAGAUUACACGAUAUUCAAGAAUAUGUUGAAAAGAGUCAUCACAUGAUUAUUCCAAUUCACUCAUGGACUGUUGCCAAUAGUGUUCAAUCACCAUAUUUUACACAAGAAAGUGUUCUUGAAGUUGCAGACAUGAAUAAGAGAGUCAAUAAGAGAAAUCCAAAUAUUACACUGGAAUGUAUUUUCGUAUUCCACAAGGAAAUAUUCGAUCAAAGCCAAGAUAAUGUAACUUCACAACAAAUUAUUUCUGGAGCAUGGAUUGAGGAAAAUAAUCUAUCAAAGAAUGAUAUUAUCUAUGGAUUGAAAUAUUACAGAGAUAGUGGAAUUAGAGUUAUGGUAACAUUCUUGGAUAGUAUUGAGGAAGUUAAACAAACAGUUCCUGGAAGUUAUUCUAUCAUUGAUGGAAAAGUAUGUGGUUCAACCAUUCUCUCAAUUGAACCAUCCAAAUGCUCAGGAACUCAUGCUUUCUACAUGAAUGCCAUCGAUAGUGGUGAGAGUAACGUUAAACAAAAUAAGGAAUUAUUUGAAAGUCUUAGACAACGCUCCAUUCCACUCGAUGAUUUCCUUGUAAAGUAUGAUGCCCCUUCUUCUUCCACAACAUUGUCAAGUGAAGCUGCAAGAGCAAUGAUGGAAGAUAGCAAGUAA